UUACUUGAAAUUGAACACAGUUGAAGGUACAGCAUCAUUCUGCCAGCCUCACAGAUAGAAUUUUAAGGUCUUUGGAGUGGGAGUAGAUCGUCAGCUGGACAAAGCUUUUUUGAAGAAUGACAUCACGGUGCCCCAGAUGCACAAAAGAUGUGUUUUUUGCUGAGAAAGUGAGCUCGCUGGGGAAGAACUGGCACCGGUUCUGCCUGAAAUGCAAACGCUGUAACAAAACCCUGUCGGCUGGCAACCACGCUGAGCAUGAUGGACUGCCCUACUGUCACAAACCAUGCUACGGAACUCUCUUUGGACCCAAAGGUGUGAACAUCGGAGGGGCAGGCUCCUACAUCUACGACACUCCUCAACCCACCUUCGACUGCCCCCCCGAGGGAUCCCCCACCACACCAUGGACCACCAUGCAGGUCACCUGGAACCAGCCCAAAGUUCUUCCCCCUCCAACCAGGACAUUUGCUGGAGAGACCUCACUCUGUCCUGGCUGUGAGAAAGUGGUCUAUUUCGCAGAGAAGGUGAUGUCCCUGGGGAGGAACUGGCACAGACCGUGCCUGCGCUGUGAGCGGUGUAAGAAGACACUGACCUCUGGUGGACAUGCUGAGCAUGAAGGGAUACCUUACUGCCACGUCCCUUGUUACGGCAUCCUGUAUGGACCAAAAGGAGUGAACAUCGGCAACGUGGGCUGUUACAUCUACGAGAAAGAAGGCAUGGCGCAAACUGAAAUACCCAGCCAGUCCUAGCCACACACUGAAAGUGAGAUGAAUGUAAAUAGCCAAUAGAAAACUCUGGUUAAAUGUCCUCGGUUUGGGGUUUCAGUGACUGAAUUGAUUGAAAUUACUGAAUUGAGUGACUGAAGUUGUUGCGAUGGAACCGACCACGCGAUCACAGGUCAACAUGAGGUCAUGUUUCUUUAUUUGUUUUCAUGAUCACAUAAAUUAUAUCACAUGGAAGGGACAUUUACAAAAACACUCUGCAUUUUAUUCUAAUGUAUUAACGUAAUAAUGUUUAGGAAUAUUUAAAUCACGUUUGCAACCUAAAGUUAUAAAGCAUUAUACCGGAACACUUUAAGUGUUUUUACACACACACAUAUAUAUAUAUAUUUAAUAUAUGCAUAUACAGUACCAGUCAGAAGUUUGGACACACCUACUCAUUCAAAUUUUUUUAAAACUUUUUUAACAUUUUCUACAUUGUAGAAUAAUAGUGAAGACAUCAAAACUAUGAAAUAACACAUAUGGAAUCAUGUAGUAACCAAAAAAGUGUUAAACAAAUCAAAAUGUAUUUCAUGUUUUCGAUUGAGCAGUUGUUGUCUGCUUUUCCUUCACUCUGCGGUCCAACUCAUCCCAAACCAUCUCAAUUGGGUUGAGCUCGGGUGAUUGUGGAGGCCUGGUUACCUGAUGCAGAAUCUGAUUUGGCCUCAUCAAACCAAAGGACAGAUUUCCACCGGUCUAAUGUCCAUUGCUCGUGUUUCUUGGCCCAAGCAAGUCUCUUAUUAUUAUUGGUGUCAUUUAGUAGUGGUUUCUUUGCAGCAAUAUGACCAUGAAGGCCUGAUUCUUACAGUCUGUUGAGAUGUGUCUGUUACUUGAACUCUGCGAAGCAUUUAUUUGGGCUGAAAUUUCUGAGGCUGUUAACGUUAAUGAACUUAUCCUCUGCAACAGAGGUAACUCUGGGUCUUCCUUUCCUGUGGCGGUCCUCACGAGAGCUAGUUUCAUCAUAGCACUUGAUGGUUUUUGUGACUGCACUUGAAGAAACUUUCAAAGUUCUUGAAAUGUUCCGUAUUAACUGACCUUCAUGUCUUAAAGUAAUGAUGGACUGUUGUUUCUCUUUGCUUAUUUGAGCUGUUCUUGCCAUAAUAUGGACUUGGUCUUUUGCCAAAUAAGCCUAUCUUUUGUAUACCAACCCUACCUUGUCACAACAUAACUGAUUGGCUCAAACACAUUAAGAAGGAAAGAAAUUCCUCAAAUUAACUUUUAAUAAGGCACACCUGUUAAUUGAAAUGCAUUUCAGGUGACUACCUCAUGAAGCUGGUUGAGAGAAUGCCUAGAGUGUGCAAAGCUGUCAUCAAGGCAAAGGGUGGCUACUUUGAAGAAUCUCAAAUCUCAAAUAUAUUUUGAUUUGUUUAACACUUUUGUGGUUAAUACAUGAUUCCAUAUGUAUUAUUUCAUAGUUUUGAUGUCUUCACUAUUAUUCUACAAUGUAUAAAAUAGUAAAAAUAAAGAAAAACAGUUGAAUGAGUAGGUGUGUCCAAACUUUUGACUGGUACUGUAUAAAAUGUGUAUUCAACAAUAGGCUCAUAUUAAAUAUUAAAGAUUGAUGGCAUGCAUUUGCCAAUGGUUAUGGUGAAGAAUAAUGCAUACAGAGUUAUGAUACAUUAUCAAAGAUAAUAUCUUGUUCCUCAUUGAUAUGAAACAGAAAAGGAGUCUUUUCUAAAUAAGAUAAUGUCAUAUUGGUUAAGUGUAAAUUAUAAUUAAGUGUAAAUUAUAAUUUGUAUGUGAUGAAUAACACUUGAAUUAUGCUUCACACUUCAGGCUUUCUCUUCCUCUUUUGUUCUCUUGUAUUUCGUUUAUCUUUUUUUAUAAGAUCAGUGCAAGGUUUGAAGGUUGUUUUUGAUGUGUAACAAACACACUGAGUGUACUAAACAUUAAAGAACACCUUCCUAAUA